AUGAAAAAAAGCCAAGUGAUAAGGCCUAACUCCAAUAACAAAAAUGAAAUUAAGAAUAAUCAAAUCUACAUUCCUAAGGUCUCAAGCAUGAUAAUUUCUGAAAAGAUAAUGUAGAAUCUACUUAGGACGACCUCAACGAAUCCUCCAACGAAGAAUUAACCUAACUAAAUAUUGAGUCCUAUUAAAAAGAACUAUGUAUAAAGUCCUAUUAAGAAUUAAAAGAAUAUUUAACAAUUGAAUUCAUCUUAUAGUUUAAUUAAUUAUGCCGUCACCAAUUCAAUAAGGUAUUACAACCCUUAAAAUAAAUCUUAUAUAUCAAGUAAUUCUUCUAAGAUCUCUACUAAAAGUGGAUAAAAAGUUAGUUAAAUCAUCCUAAAAGCUAUAAAUUAAUCAUCAAUAAUCAAGUAAGAACUAAAUUCUAUUCCAUUACAUAAACUAAUUUCUAAAUUGAAAAAUUAAAGUAAAGAGAAAAGAUCAAUAUCUCAACUGCCUACAAUGUCUACAGAGAGAGUGAUUCAAGAAUCAGAGAGAAAACAACAAAAAAGGAAAAAAUCAGUUCGAUUUCAUGAUAAAGUAGAAUAUCUUGUUAUAGGAUGUUCAUAAGGAAAUGAAGAAUACAAAUAUAAAUUCUUUGAACAACUUGAUCAGAAACCUGUGUGUUUGUGA